UUCUUUCGUGGAUAUUGGUAGGUGUAUUGUGGGUAAGCGUCAUCUUUUUUAAGAUGCAUUACAUUCGGAGAAUUCUAGGUAUUCCCUCCUUCAAGGCCCCUUUGAUGAAUUUACAAUUCAGUCGGACCAUGGCUACAAUGACUGAAGCAUUUCAAAAGGCACAAAAAGAUGUCCAGCAGUUGCCAGAAGAUCCAGGUAAUGAGGCUAAAUUGAAGCUGUAUGCUCUUUUCAAGCAAGGGACAGCUGGUCCAGUGAGUACCAAGAGACCAGGAAUGCUAGACAUGGUUGGUCGAGUCAAAUGGGAUGCAUGGAAUGCUCUUGGCAACAUUUCUAAGGAAGAAGCACAGGAGCAGUAUGUGCAAUUUGUACAAUCCUUGAUGGACCAGUAUUCAUCAACUUCUGCUGGACCUGAGCCAGGCAGUGCAGCUGGGGACUACAAGUGCAUUGAAGUUUCCACAGUGGAGGGCCUAAAUAUGAUCAAGUUUAACAGGCCAACAAAAAUGAAUGCUCUUACCUAUGAGAUGUAUGGAGAGAUUGUAGAUGCCCUUGAGAAAGCUGCCAAGGAUGAAAAGGUUGUGGUGACUGUCACAACUGGUGCUGGUGACUACUACUGCAGUGGCAAUGACCUAAGCAACUUCACCAAAGUGGAUCCUACAAACAUUGCUGGAGUUGCUGAGGAAGCAAGAAAAGUUUUGCUGAAGUUCGUGAAUGCAUUUAUUUGCUUCCCAAAGCCCUUGAUUGCCAUGGUGAAUGGCCCUGCUAUUGGGAUAUCAGUGACUGUCCUUGGCAUGUAUGAUGCUGUUUAUGCUUCUGACAAAGCAACAUUUUACACACCAUUCAGCAUCUUGGGACAGUCACCAGAAGGAUGUAGCAGUUACAUCUUCCCACGGGUUAUGGGAUUCCCAAAAUCAUCUGAAAUGCUACUCUUCAAUCGCCGUAUCACUGCGGCUGAGGCCUGCGACUGGGGCUUGGUGACCCGUGUUUUUCCUCAUGGGACCUUCCAUCAGGAGGUUUCUCAAAUUGUGAAGAAUUAUGCUUCACUCCCCAAGCAGAGCUUGUGGAAAUCAAAGCAACUAUCUCGAAAGUGGUCACUUGAAACACUUCAGGAAGUAAACAAAGCAGAAUGUGACGUUUUGAAGGAGAGAUGGCAGUCUCCAGAGUGUGCUCAGGCCAUCAUGGACUUCUUCAGUCGCAAAUCAAAAAUGUGAUUUGUAUAAUGGUGCUCAUGCCUGCCAUUCAUCAAUGGUCAUUUAAUUUUAUUGGGAACAGAGUAACAAUGAUAUUAUUGGGAAUGGUUAUAUGAAAGCAUAUUCUUCUUAAACCCCUCUGAUUGUUUUAUGUCAUGUAUAGCCCCAUGUAAGAAGAAUUUCUCUCUCCUCCACUGUGUGGGUACUUUUCCUGGACAAUGUUGAGCAGUGUACCAAAACUAUCAGGAUUCCAUCAUUCCACAAUUAUAAUGCAGCCCAAAAGCAAAUGUCCAUAUGUGGGAGAGAAAAAGUUUUUUUUGCAGGGUUGUGCAUAGAUUUUUAUAUAUACAAACCAUAUAUAUCAGCAUUCCCC